GUGUCCAAUUUCGUCUGCACCUGAAAGUAGAAAACUUGACAUAUCCAGUCAAUUUGUAUCAUAAUUAUUGUAUUGCUGUUAUUCAUAUAUACAUUUUUUGACAACCAAACACCCAAGAAAAAAAUAAGUAACAGCAUUAUUCCAGAAUAAGAAAAAUGUCAAAUCAAGUGGGUGCAUGGAAUCCUGGGGAUGCAUGGAAGAAUAUUGGCUGCUUUUUUGGCAUAACAAAAAAACAUCCUGAGGAAUUGAGAAAUAAAGCAGAGAGACAAAUAAAGGAAGGUGAGUUUGGGAUAACUCUGAAAAGGUCCGGAUCUAAACAAAAUUAUGAAACAGAUAAAUUUGUACAUGGUGCACAAAAGGUUUUAUCCCGAAUUGGGGCAUUCCAGGCAUUAGAAGAAUCACAAGAUCACCUUCGUGUUUCAGACGAGAGAAAGACAGGUUCAAGCCACUCUUCAAAGUUGUUUUAUCAGUCUAAAGAACCAGUGGCUGGUUCCAGCCAAAGUGUGGAGGAUGCUGGAAACCAACCUUUAACUCUGACCACUCCAAAGAAAACACAUUCUUUAAGCAAGCAAUCUGUAUACAACCGAUUAUACACAGAAAAUGAUGAUGAAGAAACUGAUAUUGAUACUGGUAUAAGAACAAAGUGUGAAUCCAAACCUAAAGUAACUUUUGAAGCAGUUGAUUCUUUUACUUCACAAACCACAAAAAGUGAAGGAUUUGUAAAUGAGCCAAUGGAAAAUACAGAAGAAAUUGAUAAAACACAAGAUGGAAAAGUAUAUUCUGAUCCCUAUGUAGCUUAUCAAACUUCAAAGAGAAAGGCAGGUUCAAUCCUCUCAUCAAAGUUAUUUUAUCAGAUUAAAGAACCAGUGGCUGGUACCAGCAAAACUGUACAGGAUGCUGGAAACCAACCUUUAACUCUGACCACUCCAAAGCAAACACAGUCUUUACUUAGCAAGCAAACAGUAGACAACAGAUUACACACAGAAGUUGAUGAUGAAGAAACUGAUAUUGAUACUGGUAUAAGAACAAAGUGUGAAUCCAAACCUAAAGUAACUUUUGAAGCAGUUGAUUCUAUUAUUUCACAAACCACAAAAAGUGAAGGAUUUGUAAAUAAGCCACUGGAUAAUAUAAAAGAAAUUGUUAAAACACAAGAUGGAAAGGUAUAUUCUGAUCCCAAUGUAGCUUAUCAAACUUCAAAGGUAAAGAAUAGAAGUGUGCUGAUAUCUGAAGAGAAAGACAGGAAAGCUAAAUUGAUUUUCUUUGAUGAACUCGUAAAACCUUACCAGAGAGUGCAAAUGAAUGAUUUGGAAAUUCCAAAGUAUAGUUAUGACAGCUUGACUAGAUCAGCAAAAUGUAAAGCAAGCAGACCUGAUAGAGAGGAUAAGAAGGUGUAUACUAAAAUGAGAUCAUCUCCGGAUAUUUGUAUAGAUCAGACAUCAGCAGCUGGUAAUUUGUCGCCAAAUCGGGUGGCCUUAAAAUCUAACGCAGGUGAGUCUGAUGUUGAUCUAGUGAAAGAAGAUGAAGAAGAGGAAACUGUUGCUACUGGAAAUGAGCUGGACGAGGAUAAUUCAGACUCUGUGGAUCCAGUCAAAUCUGAAAUCAAACCUGAAAAGGAGGUUAAAAGUAAACUAUUUCCCGAGGAUGUUGUGUAUGGGAAAGAAGCCUUGAAACAUUAUAAAUUCUAUGUACAGAUAGAAAGAAAAGUAGAGAAACAAAGAUUGAAAGAUGAAAUGGUAGCCAAACUAAAGGAGUAUGACUGGAAAUUGUCUGCCAUAGAUGAAAUGAUUGCAAUGGCUAAAGAUUAUUACAUUAACCCAAACUCUAAGAACGCUGCCCGAUGGAAGACGUUAAAGAGGAAUGUGAAGAAAAGUAGUAGUCACCAGAUAGGACAUACAGAACAUCGCCGGAAACUUGGCUCACUACCAGAUUACCUGCCUAUUUUUACAUAUUUCAUUAUAUUUGCUCAGUUGGUUUCUUUCAUCGUAAUAUAUGGUCUACAAGGAGUAACACUGAUUGGUGUAGAGCCGAAGCUUACAGUGGAGUCUGGUAUACAGACUUUCAUGGGCAUGGAGACGAUACACAAGUGGACAGCACCAAAUGUUUGGAUAGGUCCAAGUGAAAAAAGCUUGAUAGGAGUGGGUGGUGUUUUUGCACCAUGUAUGAGAACAGAUAUUCAGCUUCAGUUUGAACAAUCUAAACAGAACUACAGCACUGAUACACCACUAGGAUGUUGUGAAGUGUCUACCAGAAAUGUAGCAGGUACCACAACACAGGCUGAGUGUGACAAUCUUACUGAAGGGAUAGGGAAGUGGAAUGCCAAUGUGACCUGUAACAAGCGACCUGUCAACAAAGCUGGAACUAGACACAAUAUGAAACCAUGUUGUCUCGGUUUGAAAGGACAGUGUCGCCUUAUGUCUCACAAGCACUGUGCCUUUCUCGGUGGAGAAUUUUACCUGUUCGGACCGGAACAUUGUAGUCAGAAAAGACCAUUGCUCGAGCUUUUGAAAUUGUCAGUUGCUAUUAUCCUUCUGUUUUUCCUUGGAACUUUACCCUAUUUGGACAUAUUUGGAAUGAUCACGGGUUUAAUAAGUGGCGCCCUCUGUGGAGUAAUAUUUUUGCCGUAUAUCACGUUUGGAAAGUGGCAUUGCCCCGUGAGAAUCAUUUUGAUUGUUAGUGCAUCAGGUCUUCUUAUUUUAAUUUGUUACUUCUUAUUGCAUUUGUUUGUUACUGUUCAGAGCUUGGAGAAUUGUGAAGGUUGUAAGAAGUUAAAUUGUCUGCCAUAUACAGAAAAAAUGUGUGACACAUCCCUGUGGCACCAAUUUUAAAAGUAAAUAUGCAUACAAUGUAAAUCAAGUGUUAGCAAUUUAACUAUGUUUUGUACAGAAAUAUUGAUGAGGAAAAAAAUGUAUUUAUAUGAACUUUUUUAGAAUGAAGAAUUUCAUCAAUUGAAAGAUGCUAGGUUUUAUGAAAUAAACACGUAAUUAUAGAAACUGUUUCUGAUUACGAGUCAUUUGAGCCAUGUCAUGAAAAACCAACAUUA